CCCUCAGCUCCGCAGAACAAAACACCCAUUCCUGUUUUUUUGGUCAAUUUCCCUCCAAUCUUCUUCCACACUCCUCUUCUUUCAUACUUAAUCGAAUUUGCGGCCUGCCUUUGCACAUUGACAAGAGUCCGGUCAGUCUGACGAUUCGGUCGAUUCAAGUUUGAAUUUCUUUGCAACCUCGAACUUCCAUUCAAUCGAAAUCCGGACCUGUAAAUACAGCCCAUAAACUGUGUGCACUUUCUUUAAACACACUUCAAAUCCUAUACAAUGGCCGCCAAAUCCAUCCUCGAGGCCGACGGAAAGGCUAUCCUCAACUACCACCUUACCAGAGCCCCAGUCAUCAAGCCUUCUCCUCUCCCAAAGUCCUCCACACACAACGCUCCUCCAAAGCUCGCCUCGCUAUACUUCCCAGAAGAUGCAGAGGUGAUGUCCAUUCUCGACCAGGCCGAGACCUCAUACCCUUGGCUUCUGGUUCCAGGCUCAAAGUUCGUUGCAAAGCCAGAUCAAUUGAUCAAGCGCCGAGGCAAAAGUGGACUAUUAGCUCUGAACAAGACUUGGCCAGAGGCAAAGGCGUGGAUUGCUGCUCGUGCUGGAAAGGAACAAAAGGUUGAGACCACAGUUGGCUACCUCAGACAAUUCUUGGUUGAGCCAUUUGUACCUCAUCCAGACGGAACCGAAUACUAUAUCAACAUCAACUCGCAAAGAGAGGGUGACUGGAUUCUCUUCACACACGAGGGAGGUGUUGAUGUUGGUGACGUCGAUGCCAAAGCCGAGAAGAUUUUGAUUCCUGUCGACCUUUCCGAAUACCCAUCCAACGAAGAGAUUGCUGCCACGCUCCUCAAGAAGGUUCCAAAGGGUGUUCACAAUGUCCUCGUCGACUUCAUUACCAGACUGUACGCUGUCUACGUCGACUGCCAGUUUACAUACCUCGAGAUCAACCCUCUCGUUGUCAUUCCAAACGCCGAUGCUACUUCUGCAGAGGUUCACUUCUUGGAUUUGGCUGCUAAGCUUGAUCAGACUGCUGAGUUUGAGUGCGGUGUCAAAUGGGCCAUUGCACGCUCACCAGCUGCUCUUGGAAUGGCUGCCAUAAAGGCAUCCGAUGGAAAGGUCAACAUCGAUGCUGGCCCACCUAUGGAGUUCCCAGCUCCCUUCGGUCGUGACAUGAGCAAGGAGGAGGCAUACAUUGCCGAACUCGAUGCUAAGACUGGUGCAUCUCUCAAGCUUACCAUCCUGAACGCCAACGGCCGUGUAUGGACUUUGGUUGCUGGUGGUGGUGCUUCCGUUGUCUACGCUGAUGCUAUUGCCAGCAGUGGUUUCGCUGAUGAGCUCGCCAACUAUGGUGAAUACUCUGGUGCACCAACUGAGACACAAACCUUCCACUACGCCCGCACAGUUCUCGACCUUAUGCUCCGUGCCCCUAUCACACCUGAGGGCAAGGUCCUCUUCAUUGGUGGUGGUAUUGCCAACUUCACCAAUGUGGCCUCCACUUUCAAGGGUGUCAUCCGCGCUCUUCGCGAGGUUGCACCCCAGCUUAUCGAGCACAAUGUUCAGAUCUGGGUCAGACGUGCUGGACCUAACUACCAGGAGGGAUUGAAGAACAUCAAGUCUGUCGGACAAGAGUUGAAGUUGAACAUGCACGUAUACGGACCAGAUAUGCACGUCAGUGGUAUUGUUCCUCUCGCUCUCAUCCCUGGGAGAUUGGCAGAGAGCAAGGUGGAGGAGUUCAAGGCUUAGAGGCUCGAUGAAAGAUGGUUUACUUAUUUUGUUGGGAGCAUUUUGUUGGAACAAGGAAGCAGCUCCUUACAUGGCGUACAAAUUUGUUGCUUGCUUAGGAACUUUACAAUAGAUACUCAUAAUGCCCUUCCUCCUCCAUUUUCAUGACAAAGUCAAACCCUGGGUCAACUCUUCUGUAUUUCAUUGUAUGGGUAGGCAAAAAAGUAUGUGUCGUCCGUAUAUUUUAUUCCGACUAGUAAUUGUGUUGGAUUUCUAGAUUAUUACAGGACAUUCGCAUCACAAUAUCACCUCACGUGCAAUAGCCUCAUGCGCUCGGGAGUAUCCAGGGGCCCCAUUACUGACAAGUCAACCCUAAAAGCCACCAAAGUUUUUCUACCUUCCGUCAUGCCCUCUCCUUCCCUCCCAAUGGAUGCGAAGCCCCUGUCCACUUCAAAACUGACGCCGAAAUAGUCCUCUUCUCCCACUUCAAACAAAGCCGAACCAAAACACAAAAGAAAAGAAAUACUCUAUUUUUAACAACACUCACCUGGGAGUCACUGUGCAUUAUCAACCCAUCCAUCGCAAAUAAUCCCAUACACACGCCUUCGGCAUACUUAUGCUAUGAAUGUGACUAUCGUGACACAAAGACCUCCGCCUCUCCGAUGGUGUGUGUGCUCGUGGAUGUAGGAUCGGACCGUUGCCAUCAGCCACACACGUACAUCACUGACUCUAUGUUCCGAUUCCGAGACCGAAAAGAGAAAGUGGGAUGGAUGGAUGGACGCAUAUAUCAUUGCCCGUUAUGGUUCUCAAGUACUAUAGGAUUUCAUUCAUUCAUUUUGAUGAAUCCAUGUCACCGAGUUACUGUGUGAGAGCCGUCCUGGUGCUGUAAUGUGGUGUUGUGACAUGAAAACCCCCCGAGACCAGUCGGAGUCCGGAUGGGGGAUAUUAGGAAGGAACAUUUUGACAGAACAGGAUAGGAUGUAGGCCACAUGAUCAGACUUGAAGUAAUUGAUACAGGAAGGUGGUAUGAUAAAGUGUGGGUUUGGGGUAGAGAUGAGGGAAUGUUCGGGGUGUUUAUGGUUGGGCUGGCGAGUCUGUGUACCUUAAUUGGAGUGAUGCACGGCGGGGCUGGGCGUGGCGUUUGUUGACUUGAUGGUGGUAUCGGCGAGUUUUUAUUGAAGUUUAAGCGAGUGCGAUACUGCUUCGUGUGGAAAUCUUUUGGGAGUGAGAAACAUGGAAACAUGUGUCAUAGUGAUUACGGAUGUGUCUGUAUCUUGCAUUAUGAACUUAAG